AUGGAUUUAAACUUUUCGCAAGAUUCCUUUGCCUUUAGCGACAUUGUUGCACCUUCUCAUGUCAGUGGGCUCGAGUCCUUUUCGGAUUUUGACGCAAGUGAAUGCAGCGAAGCAUCUUUCGCUGAAAUUGUGCCGAACAAAGACAUCAACACUGAUCUUGGAACGUCUUUGACUGGAGAAAAUGUGGGUCAAACCGAUGGUUCUGUAGAGAAAGGGGAAGAGUCAAGUGCUAUCGAGCAGUAAGUUAAAGAUCGAUUUGAUUACGAUACCAGUCUACAGAUUUUUUAAAAUCUUGUAUAUUUCUCUUCUUCGUGAGGCUGAGUCGAGUGAGAACUUUGUGUGAAUUUUUCUGGUCACAGGCAAGCCUGGUAUGAUUAAGCGGAAUUGUGUCCAAGUUUUUUGAUGUUGGUUAGCUGUAGACAUUAUCACCUAGGUAUUAAUUAGGCUUGCAAGCAGCAAUCAUAAUGAUGGAAUAGAAGUCGCGAUCAAAGUCAAAUCUUUGCCAUCAGAAUAUAUUAUAAAGUAUGUUUUAAAACAUUUUUUUAAAAUUAAAGCCAAAUAUUUUUUCAUGAUGGAUCUAAACCUAUCAUGACGAGUCUCUUUGAAUUCGGUACUACUGUCUAUUACCUGUUUGAUUUGACAACGCGUACACAAUUAAAAGAGAAGAGAAUUUGAAACGCAAUAAUUAAUAAUCAAUUACAUUAUUCCACACCUGUUGCACUCUAAAGAUAUUUUGAGUUGUCUGCAAAUUUUAACAUAGUUUCUUAUCCUUUUCAAAUUUUGAAGAAAAUAUCACUUUAAAUCUUUCCAAAUAUGAGUUACAGUACUUGAAGCCUGUGAUCUUACAGUCUCAUGAGAAAUGCAACUUAAUUAAAUUUGAGAAAUAUGGAUUGUUGUUAUAACCACACAUGAGGCAAACUUUCUGAAUUCUGAUUGGUUUAGACUGGGGUUUUUCAUUAUCACCAGACUCUGUGAUCAACUUGUUAUAUUUGGUUUAGUAUAAAACAUAUCAGUUGUACAGCGAGAUUUCAUUGUACAACUGAUAUGUUUGAAGUUCUUGUCUCCAUGCAUUGUCAGAGGCUAUCCUAGGGGAAGCCUUUAUGAAUCCCUUAGGUCACCCAUACACCAUUUGUUAAUGAAUCCUUCCACCCAUCACAAGUGUUUUGCACAAAAUGUUAACAUUGUCAUAUCAAUAACUCUCACUUUGACUUUUUUAUUUUUUAUCUAAUCUUUAGGUCAUCUCUGGGAUUGCAGGAACUGAACUCCAACAACAUCAAUGAGUUCUUUGAGGCCAUCCAUAAUGCAGAGUCGCUUGGUAUGUUUAAGUAUUUAAGCAAUAAAGAAUUACAGCUAUCACAGUAAUGAGAAUUCUGGACAUGAUGCAAGGGUUUUGAUAACAUUUUCCACAAGCAGCUGCGGAUGAUGUUAUAGGCAGCUGUGCCAUAAGGUGAAACCCAAACACCAAAGCUUGCCCACAAGCUAAACAGAUAGCGGUGAAAGGUCUUACAGGCUGCAGUAGCCUUUUGGAAACCAGAUUUAUUGAAAUUCCAGACAAUGUGCUAAUAAUAAGCACACUGAACUUUGAAUGGAGAGGUGCAGGCUUGAUUCCUGAUCAGAGUCAUUCUGUUGAGUUUUUAGGCAGGACACUUCACUUUCACAGAGCCUUUCUCUACUCAGGAGUAUACCUGAGUGCUGAUAAACAUUAGGAGAACCUGUUUAAAAUAUUCUCAGUGGAAAUGGUACAAACCUUGUAGAUCAAUCUCUUGGCCUAAAAUAUUCACAUAUUAAGGGGAAAGUAAUGUAACCCAGUCUUCUUUUGAAACUUUCUUGAGAAUGUUGCUUUAAAGAGCUUGCAUUGUGCAGAGAUACAUAUGGUGGCCUGAAUUUGAAUGCAAGUGCUGAAAACUCAAAUACAGGGUAAUCUGUGAAAAAAUGUUAUAUGUUGGAAAAAAGAUAAGGUUUUUAAUAACAGAUGUGUGACUUUGCUUUUAGGCUUUGUAGCAUCAAGUGAGAGUGGGAAAAGUGUGACUGGAGAUGAAAGUUCACUUGGAAUUUUGCAGUUAGACGGACUACCAGGUUAAUAUAAAUGAACUCUAAGAAAAGAUUUUGAAAAAUUGAUUUUAUUUGUAAGUGAAUGAUUAGAAAUGUUCUGUUUUAAUGCUUUUUUAGAGCAGCAUGAUUUUUAAUUUUUACUUUCCCAUGGGUAUGAAAAGUAUACAGUAUGAAAUUUUUAAACCAAAAAUUGAUUUGAACCACAAUGUUUAUAUUGAAAUAAUAGAUAAAUGAAUAAUAGACACAAGGUUUACAGGCUCAGGUAAUUAUGAUUUAAUUGGGUAGAGCUUUAUUGAAAACUGCAGCUCUACAUAAUGCUGUUUUAGGUAUGCUGUUGUAAUAUAUUCUCUGUGGUUGAAUUUAUCAAUACAGUUUGCUACUGUAAGUUUUCAGAAUUUCUAGUCAUGUAUGAGAUUUAUUGGACUUAUGGUAGCUGUGAAACCUCUAAUACCUUCUCUACCCCUCCCUUCCUAAAGUGUGUAUUUAUAGACAGUAUAGAAAUCAACAAUAUCAUUAAUUUAUCUUUAUAGACCUCAGUGACAAUUUUCAGACUCCAGCUGGUUCUAUAGAAGCCUCCCUGAUGUUGGAAAGAACUUUAAUUGGUGACGAAGAAGAUGGCAAUGACCUUGGUGAAGUUGUACUCAAUCGCUAUACUGUUGAUGGUAAUCAGCAAGAAGGAGAGGACAUCCCCUUUACUAAUGGGUUCCAUCCAGCUUCAGACCAGACUCCAGUUGUUAACAAGAACACAGUGAUGCAAUUAGAAGAAGAAAGACCAGAUACUGGUAUGAAAUAGUUGACUGGAACAAUUUAUGUCACAUUAACCCUUCAACUUCCAUGAGUGACCAAAACAGGAUGAAACCAGGGGUUUCAAAAUGCUUUGAAGUAGGCAUCAGACUUUGCAAAAGUAGGUGACUGUCAAAAGUUCAUUAAGGGCCCAAAGGGAAUUAUUUUUAUCAGAGUACCUGGCAAUAUGUUAUCAAGUAGCCUGCCAAACUUGGGCAGUCACUGGCUUAUUUUGAAAUCCUCAUGAAACAUACAAGUGAUGAGAUUGCCAAAAAAUAAAAUUAAGCAAUGAUUAGUUGAUCCAAUACCAAAUUCAAAUAAUGUAGAUAUGCUGCACAAUGCUUUAGUUAACCUGUUAACACAGGUUAACUUGUUUAUCUUCAGGUCAAGAUCCAGACACGUUUUUCAGUUCUCACAGCAUACAAGCAAAUGAUGAUUUUCAGGAAUCUGUUAAUGAGGAACCUUUACAACACAGCUAUGGUCAAGGUAUCUAAUGAGUUUGCUCUCCAUGUUCCAACAAUUUUCCUGACAGCCCUCGAGAUCCAUAAAAUUGAUUUGAAAAACCCUUUAAUAUCAAAGGAAAAAUACAAGUCCAGUUUGACUCAAAAAUCCCAAAGCCACUUUUUUUUUUGUUUUUUUUGUGUGACAAAAAAUGAUGUCAUUCAAAUCUAAAUCAUAUGAAUUACCUGGUAACUAGUGAGGCACGCUUGAAAUUGAACAAUAAUUUAAAUGAAAGAAAGUCCAUAAUUGUGUGCUCCAGGGUGUACAUGCUAACUGAGUUCUUUCAAAGGUUUUUAUGAAUUUCAUAAAUACAGAAAAGGUUGCAACAUUCAUACUUAACUUUUCAUGAGGCUAAGAGUGCAGUUGCUCAGAUAUAACUAGCUUGAGGUACAUUAGACAUAAUAUAAUGAUAUUAUUUGUAGGUGAUUAAAUAUGUUGAAUCAGUGCUCUUAAACAUAGGAAAGGGCUAACAAAGAGCUUAGUCAACAUUAGGGUCAUUUGAAGAGUGAUGCAAUAAGCACUUAUGUUAGAUGAAGCAAUGCAGAGAAUUGUGCUGACUGAUAAGUAAUUAGUGAGUUGGUGAUUUGUAUACUGUUGCUUUGUUAUGUCAACUCAGCAGAGUUUUGAAAUCCUUGAAUCAGUUGCCAAUUAUAAAAAAUGGAGGAAAAAAUGAAUAGUCCUGGAAUUAUGUUGUACUAUAUUUCUUCACCUAUAAGCUGGGUGAUUUUUUCAGUAUUUGACAAAAAGUUUGAGAUAUUUUUUCAUGAGAAAUGGGGUUUGGCUUAUAGCCGAGGGUUUAGAAUUAAAAAACAAAGUUCAAUUGAAAAUGUACUGUUAAUACAAAAUGACCUUAAAUUCCAUGACUGCAGCGCUCUUUACAUGACAUGCUUUAAAAUUGUCAUGACAACAAUGUAUUUCUGACCACCAAUCAGAUUCUUUGCUUCCCACGUAUUGUUGUGUUUCUGCAGUCAUGUGGUAGUAUUUACAUCUUCACUGAUUUGCUUUUUUUCUUUUGUGUUUAUUUUAAUUCAUUAGCUUUUGUGGUCAGCAAGUCAUUUCCCAAUGUUUUCCAUGAGGUUCGCUCACUCAAAUGACCGGGUACAAUCAAGAAUUUUGCUUUUGGCUUACAGCCAAUGGUUUUUCUUUUUCUUUUUUUUUUUUUGGACAACACGAGUCUGUUGGAAGAUCUCUAACUUUUAGGGUCUUGGCUUAUAGGUGAAGAAGUACAGUAACCUUUUUUUUCACACUUUGAUCAAAACAUCUUGUGGGAUAGUUUGUUUCUUGUCUUUUUUCAGAAGAACUUGAUAUGAUGUUACAGAGGAGAGCAGGGAGUGGUGAUGGUGGAGAGCUGAUUGAUAGGGUGUCAUUGACAUCCAGUAUCAGCUUCAUUCAAUCACAGACAUUUCCUGACAGUAUUUUCAGUCAAAGUUUUGGCAGGUAUUGCGUGGACAUGUGAAUGUUGUCUAGUGAUUUUUUGCAAUUGUAUCUUGGUCUUUUGCUACCAUGCUAGAGAGAUAAUGUGAGUGGGGUAGUAAAACAAAUUAAUUUGCUUUUAUCAACUGAGUUGAUGUUGUAAAUUUGCCACUGUAAAGAGUUUCUAAGCUGACAUUUUGAGUGUAAGCCCUUCAUCAUUUGCUCUGACAAAAGACUAAUGCUUGAAACAUCAGCUUUCAAACAAUUAAUGGUGGCCAUUUUGCAUUGUCAAAUCAGCUGAUAAAUCCAAGCUAGGUUUCAUACUAGGUUCUUUUCUUCUCCUUGGUUGUUUAUGUGAUGGUUUUUGCAUUUUGUUUUAUUUUUAAUACAAUACAGUAGCAGAGGGCUUGGGAGUGGAAUGGAUUCCAGAUCUGAAAGUGAUGGACACGAGGAUAAUGAUGAGGUCACAUCACCGCUGCUACAUGGUGCAGGAGAUGGAAGUAAUGAUAGUACAGGACGCCCUGGUCUUGAAGGUGCUAACUCUGAUGUGGAAGACUUGCAACUCCAAAAUGGACCUUCUUUAGAUGCAAGUAACAGACAAGAAACACAGGCAAUAGGUUAGUAUGUGCCUUCAAAUACUGUUUUUUGCUUGGAGUAUUCACACUAUUAAGGUACAAGUAGAAUUCUACCAAAGUUUCAACGACAAUUUUUUUUUCUUUUUAGAGUUGCGCCAAUCAGCAGAGGGAGUUGAUGUUCUUCCUGACAUUCUAGGUGAUGGAGGUGGAGGUGGUGAUGGCAGCAGUGGUAACAAUAGUGAUGCAGAUGAUGGUGGCCCAGCUGGUAAGAAAGGGAUUAAUUAGAAGGGUCAAGUCUUAUGAGCUGAUAGAGUGGACCACAAGUACUAGUUUCUGUAUUCUUGUUUCUGUUGCAUAAAGCUACCAAGAGUAUUUUUACUCUAUGGGUCUCCUCUCAGGAUGGAAUGCCAUUCAAAAGUAAUGUCACAUAGGCCUAGCAUUACUCCAGCAUUUUUCAGUGCUCUUACAUACUCUGACUGGUGAAUGGAAAGAGGCACUGUGAGGGUAACAUGUCUUACCCUAGACCACAACAGAAAGACUGGAUUGGGGCUGGAAAACAGACCUUUCAGCUUGGAGUCUAGUGUAUAACUAUUUGAUCAUUGUGUCACCCCUAUCUAUGGAAUAGCAAAAUAGAGUAUCAUCAUGCAAAUGAACAGUUAUGUGUUGUAUCAUUUGCAGGAGCAGCGUAUGCAUCCUCUACUGCAAGCUCUUUACCAUCCUUAACAUUUCCUCCAUCAAUCAUGUCAUUUGGAUUUGUCAACCAAUCCAUGGGAGGAAACUUCCAGGGCACUUCCUCUUUACCUACCAGUGAUGGUCUGACAGCAGGGAGAGGCUGUCCUGUUGGUGACGCUGCUGCAGAAAGGUCACCUGUCCUGUCCCCUAGUCCUCCAGACUGGAUAAACAGGUUACAUGAUUCUGUGACUAUGCCACAUUCUCUACAUUUCCAAGCUUCGUCUACUCCCAUGGUUAGAGAGGUAUUGUUUCCCUUCAAGGAGUUUUAUCAAUUUACAAUAGGUCAAUUAAUUUAUUAUUUUGAUCUACUCAAUUAAAGGUUAGCAAAACUUUUAUUUUAAUUUGUUUUAUGUUGAUAUGUCUUGUUUGUUUGUGUUUGUUUUUUCUUUUAAUGAAAUGGGCAUUACUUUCCUGUCCGGAAUUCAGGCUCACCUUCUGCAUUGCUGAUCUGUUUAAAUUUCAAACAUUUGGCCUGGCUUAUGCAAAAUAUCUACUUAUACUCUUACUUUGCAUUUUUACCCUGAAAUUUGCAGUGCAACUGCUGCUUAGCUGUGCCCUAGUUGCAGUUCAGUUUUGAACUUUCAUAAUAAAUCAUCAGGAGUAUAGACAAUUGGAAAUUGUCAUUUACUUCAUGGUGUGCAUGUAUUUCGCUCACUUUUGAUUUAUUAGUAGUUACUGAAGUGAUUUGAGAGAAUUAUUACCUUUGACUGGUAAGAACUGAUUUCCAAUAGAUUGAGCAAUGAUUUAAGCAUCUCUCCUGUUGUAAUUUUCAUGUUCUGGAUAUUUGACAGGGUGUGCCACAGAAUUGUGACAACACAGGUACCCACAAUGAAACAUCAGCUCUAGAGUCUUGUUACCUAAUGAGCCACAAUGCUGCUACACCUCGUUCAGCAUGGGCAGAAGAUGGCUCUUUUCAUAUGUCCCAGGUGUGUUUUUGCUGCUUUUAUUCUUGGCUAGCAGAAAUGUAGUCAAGAUGAAAUUGUUAAGGAAAAAUUAUUUGUUAAAGUCUUAUUCACAAUGAGUAGGCUAGCUCAAUGGUAACUGACCAAAUCUUGCCUUGCUGGUGAAGUCUAGUCUAGUUUAACUUAGACUAGCCUAGCCUGGUAUAGCAUGCAUGUUUAUUUAAUUAAUUGCCAAGUUUCUGUCAGCUCAAUUGUUAGGCAUCAAUGUCAAAAUAGAAAUGUGUGUGGUUUUUAAUCCUCUCCAGCGGCUUAGAGCUUUUUCUCCAUCCCAUACUCCAAGUAAAUAUGUAAAAUUUGUCUUUGUCGUGUUUUUUACUCAUCAGAUGCUGGGCAACAAACAAAGCAACUCUCUUGUGGAUGCUGAGUCCUUGAAUUUUGACCCUACCACCAUUGAUGCUGCCCAUAAUGCUUCUCAAGAUGAGGAUAAGGUAAAGCUUGUGGAGGCAACUCUGCCUACUUGCAUUUUAUAGCUCUUCACAGUAAUGAACAGUUUGGUUAGGUUCAAGUGAGUGACUUAGUGAAUGCUUGAAAUGUUUUUGCCAAGCUAAAUUUUUGGCAUGGACACCCAAGAGUGAUGAUUUCAAGGUGUGUAAGCAAGCCCAAGCAGUUUCCAUUUAUUUAAUAGCCUUAAAAGCAGCUUCCAUUUAUUUAGCCUUAAAAUCUUACUGUGUAAAUGAAACCCUUUAAAUCCAAGAUCUGAUUAUUAAUUCUCCUCUCCAGCUGCAAUCAGUUAGUUAUGAUAUACUGUGUGAGAAUUUGGCAUUAGGUCAAGGUAACACAUUUUUUACGUGAUAAGUUUGGGUAUUCUCAUUACCUGUUUGCGGGAUAAUGUAUGGAUAUAAUAGGAGAAGUUACAUGUCAAUCACCUCUGGGGGUUAUAGGGUUGAAAGAAAGAACAGAUGCACCAGCUAAAGCCACACAUAAAAAUCCUUAAAAGUCAUAAGGUGGAGGAGAAGGGUAAUGUGUAACCCUGAUCAAAAUGUUGCUGCCACUCUUUGUGUUUUAGAGUACCUUUGGUAAAUGUCUGGACUGAUGCUUUUUUAUCAAUAAAUAAAGUCAAAGACUCUUAAUAGGAUCACCAUGAAAUGGUUAUUAUAAUCUAGUGUUCACAUGAUGAUAUUUGACAACAACAAAGCAGGAUGAGGGCUGACUGAAGAGUUCCUCAUUCUUCUAUUAACUGAAAAUUGCAAACUCUAAACCCCUAAUUAACUUAGUGCAAAUGCUACCCAUGCAGAUCUCUGAUACGUGCUGGCAAAAUAACAAUUUAUGCUGAUUAAGGAUCAUCACAAAUUGUACUUUCUUUAAACACAGAAGGAAUAUGAUUCAAAAUCCGUAUUUUGCAUUCUUGUUUCCUAUGCAGACUCUCAUUUCCAAUGAAACAGCUUUUGAAGGUUAUUCAAAUCAAGAAUCGGAUCAGAGGUCAGGAAGCUGGCAUGGUGAUGGGUCAGCUGUGUCUGCUUCAAUUAAUCAGAGUAGUCCUGACUUCUCAAUCAAGUUUGGAAAUAGUAUUUUCAUCAACGGGGACUCAGCCAUUGACAGUUCAAAGCUAUGGAAGGUAUAUGCCGCUGGAAUUUGAAUGGCAUUACUGUAUAACUUGCCAAAAUAUAAUUCCAUAGCUUACGGAAGCCUUACAGUCACUACUUUUACAUUUAAUGAAUAUGUCAAUACAUGCUGUAUUCUUAGAGUUUGAAGACUUAUAACCAGGAAAGUCCUUUUUGUUGCAGCUAAUUGAGAAUUUUAAACAGUGACAAAACUAUUACAUGUAAUGAUUAUUUUAAACUGUAACAAGGCCACAUAGGCGGCAAUAAAAACAAUUUUCUUUUUUUACUUCAGUCAACACCCAGAGAUGAAGAAGAAGACGGAAUGAGGUCUACACCUGGUGUUGUUUUCCAAGGCAAUCAGCGACCAUCUACUGUGACUGGACAAAUAGUUGUUAAUAAUCAGGUAUAGUGAAAUAAUUUUCCACAAAAAAACAAGACAACACAAAUUGUCAAGUUAUGAAGCUGUUCCUUCCAAACACUCAAAAAGCAAAGCAGAACCCUACAGACUUCAGUAGCAGUACAUCUCCACAUGUACUGUCUUGAAACAGUGACUGCUUUUCAAUAUAUAUGAGCAUGUAUAAUUAUUAAGCUUUUGUUACAUGUAAGAACAUUUUAAUUUCUCCUCAAGCAUGCUAGAACAGAACAUUCAAGUGAUGGGGAUCCUUCUACAACCUUGGCAUCAGGAGUAACAACUUGGAGAGAGGGUAUUGAAGCUUAAAUGCUAUUUGUGAAAUAUUUAUAGAAAAAGUUUUUCAAGUCUUGUAAUGAAUGUACAACCUUGGCAUGCUGUGACAUACACAUGCUAAAUUUGGGUGUGUUGUUAAAUCUCCCAAGAGACUCUAGGAAGUGUACAUCAUGCUAAUUUUACUGCGGCUGGACUUAUGGGAACUGAUUACAGUAUGUUUGUUUAAUGUAAAAAAAUAAAUUGUUAACUUAAAAGUUACUCUGAAUGAAGUAAUUCUGGAUACCUUGAGACUUUACAAUAGGAAAGGACAAUAAUUCUUUCUAUGAUAUGGUCACUUCCAAUGUGGAUCUUGCUGUUUAAACACCAUACUGCUAGUCUUUAGGCAGUUUUAAGUAAACCUUGUCACCAAAUGAAUACUAGCAGGGUCCUAUCAAAUUGUUGCCAUCUGUAUGGGAAGUAACUUCAUUACAUCUACAUGUAUAAGACAAACAACAAUAACAUUAAACUCUAUGCAACCUUGUUCCCAGUACCAAUAUCCAUGUGAGCAUUGCUACCAAUAAAGUAAAUAAAUUACUUUCUGCCAAAUUACUUUGAUCUGUGAAUGAAGUGUAUAAACAUUUUAAGUGACAAGCCCAUUCCCCCUUGCACCAGAAUUUAACUGUUUUUGCUGGGUUGGACAAAAUUACCCAAACUGAAAGCUCACUGUGUUGUUCCAAAAUGCAGGAAAUUCCCAGGGGCUAGUGGAUCUAUCAAGUGGCCAAAAUGGUGUUGAUCUGCCUACUGACAGAACCUUGACUCCUGGAGGAAUUGGCGAUGAUACUUCUAUCCAACAAACAGCAGCACCUUGGGAAAUUGAUAAAAUGCCCUCUUGCCCUUGGCCUGAUGGUGCAGGUGGAAUGCAAGACUCAAUACUGAGAUCAAAUCCAUUUGAAGGUUUGUUUCUAGCCUACUGAAAGGGAAUAAGUAAAGAAUGAUGCAGACUUUUCAGCAUGGUGUCACCUCUUUGUCCAGCAUGAAUUAUGUUUCUCUUGGUGGGGUUGAAGGUUUAAAUCCACAGUGGUUACCCUUAACCAAAGAACUGGCCCUGUUUGUUUGAAGGAUGGAUAAUGCUCUCUACUGGAUAAAUCACUUAAUUUGGAAGCAAUCUUUGCAGUAAUGAACACUACCUGAGAAGUGGUGAAAAUAAGGCCAGUAAAAAAUUCAGGCCUUAUUUGAACCCAUGACCUCUGUGAUACAGGUGCAAUGCUCUACCAACUGAGCUGACAAGCCAACUGGGAGCUGGUCAAUAUGUUUGUUCAUGAUAAACCUGUGAAGUGAUGGAUGCAUUACUAUCAAGAUAAAUCACUAUCAAGCAGAUAAAGAUUUAUCCAGUAGUUGUUGAACUAGUUAUGGCUAACUGUUGGAAGUCAUUUCUGAAGUUCUUCAUGAAACAUUCUAUUAAAUACAUGUAAAAGAUUAACAGCUUUGGGACCACCUUAAAGGUGCAGACAUCUUGCCAUCACUGUUGGUUGACAAACUGUCUUUAUUCUGUAAGUAGGCUCCAUUGAUCAACAGCCAUGGCCUUUUGGUGAAGGUGGGGCUGUUUCUGAAGAAGAUCAACCUUUUGGUGGUGAAAGCAAAAGGUUCUCAUGGACAGGCUCUGAUUUUGGGUUUGAGGUGCAAGGUAUAGGGAUAAUUUUGUAUCACUGAACUAAGGUUGUUACCAUAUAUGUAGCUGAGCAAAUUUACAAAAAGGUAGAAUCUACACCAAAACUUUUUCUUGAGGCUUGACAAGUCUGAACUUCUAGAAAUGCAUUUACUUUCUAGCACCAACAGUCUUGACAAUAUGACCAUGCUAACUGACAAUGCUCUUUGCCUUCAUGGUUCAACACUACUUUAUCAAAAGUAAAAUAAAUUUAAGCUUAUGAUAAGCUGCUUUACCAACCUGUCAGGUUUUUCUUGAACACAAAAGAAUCUGUUUGAAAGAAUUCAUUGAACCUUAAAAUUCCUAUUUAAAAAUGAAAUAAAAUAAGCCCUUAUUUGCAAUGAAAAGGGGCCAAAUUUGUACAGAAUCUACUGAAACUAGGGAUAGCUGUUACUGCACAGUACUAUAGACAGUGCCAAUAAUAUUCCAGCUACCAAAUCUUCUUUUGAAAGAGACAUUAUCUCUCUUUUAUAGGAGAUGCAGAAGCAAUUAUUGCGGCAGGUGAAGAGAGUUUCAACAGGGAGCAUGAGCUUGAAAUUCCAGUAAGCAGAUUUGCAACCACUGUAAAUAGUAAUUGUGGCUUUACGGGAAUUAGGACAUUUUGUGAUAAAGUCCUUCACAAAAACUGGAUCGAUACUCCAAGCCCAGGAAUUUUAAAUUAAUUUUAAUUGCAUGCAAGUAAAAUUUGUUGGCACAACAAAGGUUUUUUAGUUGGCGUCAUCCUGAAAGUGAUGAUUUAAAACUUGGAAAAUCUAUGCUAUUACUUCACUUAAUGUACUUAGUUUGGUAGAGGGAGAUUACAUGACAAGACAAGGCAUAACAUGUAACUAUUUUUCAAAUGGAAUACAUUAAUAUCACUUUGACCCGCAGAUAAAUAAAUGAAGAUAAGAAUGGUGAUCACUGCACUGCUGUUACAGUGGUCAUGGGUUCAACUCCCAUACAAGCCUGGAUAUUUCUAUUCUAUUGAGUAAAGUGUUAUCAGACUAAAGUUUAAUUUAUGUGUGUUUUGUUUGUUACAGUCUCACACUCAAAUUAAUGAUAUAACUAAGUUGCACGACUGGACUGUGCCUGAGAGUCACUUUCUCACAAGACCAUCCCUGCUCCAGGUUGUGGGUAUAAAUGAUCCUAAUGGCUUGGGAGAGGUGCGUAUUUCAUUUGGUGCAUUUCUUGCAGCAGGAUCAGGAGAGCUUGGUUCAUUGUCUAGAACUAGUCCUGACAGACCCAGGGUAAGUUUUAAGUUUUGAGGUUUGUAGUUGCUCAACAACCAAACAGAAGUAGAAGGUUAAAGUUUGGUUUGAACAAGCAAAAGAAAGUCAUGAAUCUAAAACAAUUCUAAAAACAUGUAGAAGGUAAUCUGCAAUGGAAUUGCAUCCCAUCCUUGUGAGGCAGUUAUACCCCUAGUUGCACUGCAACAGAAAUAAAAAUAUUCUGAUUUGGAAGCUAUGCAAGCCAUUCUUGUGUACAAACCUUUAUAGAGAAAUGAUUAUUAUGAUAUUGGUUAAUCAUUAAUCCCACUCUUUUGUUCAUUUACCACCUUAGCCUCAUUUUGGAGAUGACAAACCAAUACUGACCCCCUCCCCACAGCCACCAGUGAGAAUGAUCAGCAAGCCUUCUACACCGUUUGAUCAGUUUAUGCAAGAGAGCAAUCCACCUGAUGUUCUUUCAAAUAGGACAUCUGCAGAUGGAGGCAUCAAAGAGGCAUUGCAACAGCAACCCAAGCAUGUUGCUAAGAAACCUCAGAAACACGAUCAGUUGAAGAAAGAAGAAAGUUUAGAAGCAGGAAGUGGUCCUGGAACCUCCAAAUCCCAGGGGUUGGUUGCUUCAGGUUCAGAAGAGUUGUCUUUGGAAAUGCAGAAGAUGAAGCUUGAUGAGCAGUUCAAAGUUGAUUCUACCUUCAAAAGUAGAAGUAGAACAGCAAGUCAGACUAGCUCACAGAGCAGCAGCAGUAAAGGAAGUAUCAAGAGUGUCGUCAAGAUAGACAGUUCUCAAAGUGUACAACCCAGUAAAAAUAUUGCUGGUGAUAUUAGAUCUAAACCCAAGGAGGGGAAACGAUUACACAGAAAGGAAAAGGAAGAGAGUCAAAUUGUCUCAACUAAUCCACUUGAUGUAUCUUCAAGAUCAGAACUGGGCCUUCAGCAGGAACUUCAAGAGUUGUACAUACACUCCAGUAGAAUAGGGUCUCUAAGGAGAUCAUCUGUUGGGGAUGUAAGUUCUGCUUCAUCACUAGAAAAGAUGACUCAAUUUAUUGCAAAAGCCAUUAAUGAGGAUCCAGAUGAAAUAAGGAAAAAAUUAACAGCAGUAGAAAAGAAAAAGUCCAAGGCCAAGUUGAGAAGGAAACGUAUUUCAUCUUCUGAAGUUGAAUCAAUAUCACCCAGUUCUAGAACAUCUGACUUCAAUCCUGUGUCCUCCAGUAGUCCUCAAACAAAGUCCUCACCUGAAAAGUUAGCAUACUCACCAGGAAGGGCUCAAGGGAUUGUGCCUAAUAACAAUUCUGACUCUCCAGACAAACUGGCAAGUUACUCAAUUGAGGAUAGUGUUUUUCGUUCUCAUGAUUCGCCAUCCAUGAUCCCCCUUAGUAUGAAGGAGCUUGAUUCCAAAGAUUUUCCAUUGGAACAGGAAUCCAUGUCUUCCUCUGAAAUGGGCAACUUUCAACAUGUUAUUCCUCAAUUUGGUGAAACAUACACACUUCGAAAACCUUCUGAGGAUAAUAAUCAACAUCUUAAUGCUCCUAUGGUUGAUCCCAGGAAACAUAGAACACAUGAAAUUGAACAAAGACUAAACCGCUCACUUCCUAAGGAUGAGGACCAUGAUAAUUUUUCACAUCCUCCCAUGGCAACUAGGCAACUUCAUCCUUUAAUCCAAGAAAGCACCAUGUGGCAGUCAGAAUCCUCAUCACCUAGGCAACGACUUGAGACAUCAGAUAGUGCUGUUGGAAGCAUGACUACCUCACUCUCUGAGGAUGUUACCACCACUAGACAUUCUUGGCCAGAAGCAACCCCAAGUCGUUGGUACAAGACAAGGGAGGACUCUCGUUGGGCUGCUAAUGUGCAAAGUAGUGCUAUCCAACCUGGUGGCACCAAUGCAACUGUAGGACUUAUGACUCAUGUUACUGCAAAUGAUAAUUUAAAAGUAGCUGUUCAAACUAGCAACUUGAAUGAAGGACUGCCAUCAUCUUUGUUGAUGCAUGGGCAUCAGCCUGCAAUUUUAACCAAUCACAAUAGUUCACCACUCAGUAUUCCAUUUAGCACUUCUCAAGGAAUUGUUCCACUUGUGAAUCAAGGGACAAUAUCACAUUUGUAUCCUGGGGGUAACAUCAAUGGUUCCAUUGGUUUACCAGGCUUGGCAGGGCCUAUUUAUCCAGGAAAUGGUUUAAGUAUUCAGACGCAUGGCCCAUUGUCACAUACAGCACCAGUUGGGUAUGGUCCAAGGAUGGCUCCUGUUGGGUCAGCCAUGUAUCCAGGUCAUGGACAUGGCUUAAUUAACACUUUACAUGGUCAAGUUCCUCUUGUUCAUACUGUUUCUGCGUCAAUGGGACCAAAACCAUCAAGUUUAACACCAAACUAUGUCCAAUCUGUCGAUGUCAACAUUCCUCAUAGUAGUAAUAGUCAAUAUGAACCCACCCAUCAACUUCCUUUACAAUUUCAAUCUAACCCAUCAAACAUUUCUGGGUUGCCAGCUACAUUCACACAACCAAAGAUACCUGCUUCCUUACCUUUCCACCAACCUUCUUUCCAACAUGAUCCUAAUGGACUUUUGCAAGUAAGACCUGAAUUUUCACGAGAGAGAAUGCUACAAUCGCCAUCGCAGCUGAUUAUACCAGGGGAGAUAAAGGUUCCUUCGUUUUGCUGUGUGGGUGUCUUGACAGAAACAGUCAUUCCUUUGCACAACAGUAGUAGCCGAUGGAUGCAUUGUGAAAUACACUCUAUCUUAUCCACCGUCAACGGGGUCCAGGUAAGUGCUAUAAAGACAUUUUAUUGUGCAUUGUUUUGUGAUGACUGCUUCAAACCUAGGACAAGAGCUCUAUUUGAAGUAAAAUGUUUAACAAUCUUCUCAGUGGGAGAUGAACUGGCAAAAAGGGUUAGUGCAUUGGACCAUGGAAAAAAGAUUAAAGCCCUUGUGGAUGUAAAAGUAGAACUUGUAUCACUGAUGAAACUAGUUAUGACCUUGUUCACUGUACUGUGUCUGUGGCUCCAUGGUUUAGCAUCAGAGCCCAGAAUCCUAAGGUCCAACAUCUGACAGUUUUUUUCUUUGUCCCAAGCUUGUAACAAGCCAGAAAAAAAUUUUUUCUCUCAUCAUUUGUUCCUUUCUUGCUUUUAGUUGCCUAACUGCCCUUUUUCCUAACAUGCAGGUACCAAGUAGCAGUAGUGCAUUUUCUCACCAGCUGAAAGCUAUCAUUGGUCCACAUACCACAGAGAAUAUCAAGGUUAGUGUCUGAACGGAGUAUAGGCAAUGUUGGACCCCAAUUUUGAGGUAUGUAACACACACACAAAGAAAAAAAUUGGUUUUGAUUCUUGAAUAUUAAUCUUUAUUAGCAGGCUGAUAUAAGAACAUUUUAAGACAAUUGAAUGGCAAUUACCUUGAUUAGUUGACCAAUUUAAAUUAUACAUAAUUACAGGGACAAUAAGGUGUAAGUGUCUGAUUGUGCUACACAAUGGUUCAAUAUCAAAUUUUUAGAAAAAAGAGCACUUUUUUUUUGCCUCUUUGUUAGUUAAGCAUUGAGCCUAAAGAAGCUGGCACACUCACUACACAGCUGCAAGUUUAUUCAUUCCCUGUUGUGUGUGAAGUACAACAAGUAACGCAUAGUGUGGGACCAGUGUUGGCCUUAGAAGUUGUUGCUGAAGAACCUCAAGUAGAGGUAUGAAGAACAAUGUAAAGAAUCAGUCACUUUUAGCAGCUCAAAUCUAUUUGUGAGUCUGUAUAAAGCAAGUUGUUUCUGUGCACAUUUUUAGGCUUGUUGAUUUGGUGAUAAGCUACUCAAUGGAAGGCAUUUAAUGUUUCCUGCUCCUUUUGAUUGUUGGUUGCAUAGUGUGUUAUUGUUAAAGUUUUUUUAAACUUGAUAAUUAGGUUGUUCUUGAGGAUGAAAACUCUAUUUUCUUUGGUGAAGUAUCUUGUGGGGCCAAGCAAUGCCGACCAAUUCAUCUUGUUAACAGAGGGAGAGCCCAAGUGCCUAUCAGAAUCAUUAUAUCUGCAGUAAGUUAGCCACUCAAUUAUUUUUUAUGCUAGUAUCAUUGUAGAAAAGUGCUGUCACUGUUUGUUACUAUUAUUUAAAAACAAUCAACCUAAUGGGUGGUGAAAACAUGUCUAAGGCCAAUUACGUGGUCUCUUACCAGUGAGAGUUAUUUUACGUCAAGUCCUUAACCUGUACAUUAACCAAUUACUAUGGAAUUUUUUUUUUACAAGUAAGUAAUUAUUGUCUGACUUAAUGCAGAAUAGGGCAAGUCUUUUGAAAGAUUAUUCAACAAACAUUUGAUUUAUUAAGGAACAUUUCCUUUUACACUAAUUAAUAGGGGAUGGGUUAUUUUUAUUUCACAUCUCAAUGCUCCUUGUCCUGGAACUUUUUGAGACAGGAAGGUUUCUUUCUAUAUUAAAUCAUGUUUGGUCUUCAUAUGCCAUGCAUUUACUGUCUUUUGCUUUUAAUCAAACAGAAUAGCAGCUCACUAAACUGUUUUGCAUUUGCUGAUGCGGAUUUCAUGCCAAAGACAGAUGUGGUCAGAGGACCUGCCUCUGCUGGGGCUAAGGGAUCAGCAUUAACUAUCCACACUCUGUUUAUAAAGGGACGGAAAGAAUUGGUGGGUGCAAUGUGGAUUGAUUGUGUAUAUGGAAAUUUGAAAUACUUGAAGCUCAAUGAAUGUCAUUUAAGAUCAAGUUAUUUUUCAGGUUUUUUGGAACCUUUAUAUCAGUCUAUAGUUUGCUCUGCACACUCUUUUUGCAAAGUUUCUUCAUAUAGUGAAGGCAGAUUGUGAUGCUACAAAUGUCUCACUAGAACUCUCUUCUGCCUGUGCAUUACAAUUAGGAAACAAAUAAGAAAAGAUUUUUCAGACUGUGGUAGUCAUUGCAAAAUCUUUUAAUACAGCUGUAUUUUUUCUGAUUCUUUGGAAAAAAAUGCACUCCUGGCAAAAAGUUUACAGUUUUGUGUGUAGAACUCAAAUUGGUGCAACUAAUUGUUUUAUCAACUUUUUAUAUUUUUUUAGCUAUUGUUUAGAUAUCAGUCAUCUGAAAAUACUCAAUAAUUAACUUCCACAGACUUCCAAGGUAGAGCCCACUGUUGUCUGGCUUCUGUUUCAGUCUCCAAACAUGAGCAUUAAGAGUGAGUGAAAAGGAAAGCUAAACUGUACUAGUGACUGAAAUUGAGCAAGGCACUUCUUUCAAAGUGAUGCCUGUGCUUGGUCAGAAAUGCUUUUGAUUUUACUGGACUUCCAGUAAUAAUGUUGAUAAUAAGCAUAGGUAAAAAUAUGAUUUCAAUUGCAAUUUUUAUUUUGGUACAUGCUAUCUUUAUCAAAAUGUCUCGGUGGUUCAUAAAAUCUCAAUUCAAGGAAAGUUAAUUUUUGUUCAUUUUAGGUCCCACAUCAGUUGGACCCGCAACUGAGUACACAGCACGGCUUGAUGUAGAAAUUGACAGUGCACAGCAAGGUUUGAAAAAAUAGUGUUGGAUUAUUUUAACUGCAAACUUUUGGUUUAUUGCACUGAAACUUAAAUGGACAUAUGUAUUGUUCAUGGCAGUUUUCCUUUCAAUUUAUUUUCUCUCUCUCUGUGUUUUACUUUAGACUUUAUCCACUUGUUCACUAAAGAGCAGUUUUCUUGUACUUUUAUGCUCACGUACUCUUAAUUAUGACCAUAGGCCUGACUAUUUCCAGUAUUGCUCUGAAAGCCAUUGAGGGAAUUGUAAGGCUACAUACUCCACAUAAACUUCAGGUAUGUGUGUAACCUUUAAACAUAUAACAUCUGACUGUUUUUAGUCUGUCUAAAGAUGAAAAAAUUGUCAGUAGACACUGAAAUUGACUGUAAUGAUGACUUUAACUCAGAUUGUAACAGCUUUUACUGACAAUGUUAUUUCUCUCCUCUGAGACUACCUGAUGACCUGAAAACAGUUUUAAAGUUUUAUAGAGAUUGCAUUGUUGUUUUCUAGAUCUAAGUAAUUCUAUGUUGUCGAGAAGAGAAGAGCCAUCAACCAAUGAACAAGCCACAACAAAGUGAGGCUAGUCCAAUUGCCUCUGAUCUUAUCAGGGCCUCUUGAACAGUAAACUAAAACUGAUCUGUCCAGUGUAGUCUACAAAUUUCCUCACCCUUCUUGUUUUGUCAAUGAAUUAAUUGAAUUCUAUAGGUGGUGACUCUAAAAAGUCCAGUGGGGAAGAGCACAAGUUGUACCAUUCCUGUCAAGAAUGCUGGCAACAUUACAGCUAAAGUGAAUCUUAGAAUUGAAGGAGACUCUAAACAAUUCUCAGUUAAACCUGCUCAGUUACGGGUAAAACCUGAAGAGGUAAGAAAUUCUGAAUCUUCAAUAACUAUAAACUACAAUAAUUGGAAUAAGAAGCAGAAAAAAUAUUGUUGAAAAACAAUUAUUUUGAAAAAUGAAAAUUUGACAGUGUCAUAGUGAUUCUUAUUUGGAGUUGUAUCUCCUUGUUUUCAAGGAGUCCGAGGUUCAAGUCAUGUUCCAGCCCACUGAAGGAGAUAAACAAGUGGAAAGGUAUGUACUCUUUGUUAUUGAUAUGACCCCCACAGGCCUCCCAUUAAAUUGAAGAUCAUUAGACAAAAAUCCCUCCUACAUAUUACAGUAUAAUUAUAUUUUAUGACCGCCAAACAAAAUAGCAUGAGAAAGGUCAUACAAAGCUGUAACCCAAUGAGAUGCAAGCUAAAAGAAGGAGAGAAGAAAUAGUAAGCCUAGGAUGAUUGUCAUAUGAUUUCCGUUAGGUUGGAGGGGAAAAUAUUUGGUUCUCAGUCAUGAUGCACAAAUCUAGCUGUUUUUAGUAACUUAAGAGUCAAUAAUUUGGGAUUUGCUUUAAAAUCAUUCAAAACUGUGAACAGUUCUGUGGGACCUCUCAAACUUAUUUUCCCAAGUACACUUGUGCAAGAAAUACUGUUACUUGUAAGUACCAGUCUUUCAACAAUGCAGAAUGACUGACAGGGAAACUUUGAUUUUAGAUCAAGAAGGCACCAUUUGGUUAGCACCUAAACUCUUCAAUUUAUCUGUAACAUACCCCCAUUUUUUCCAUAGCCUGGUAAUUCUGGCAGUUCCAAAUGGACCAGUGUAUGAAUUAGUACUGAAGGGAUCAGCUUUGCCAAAAGAGGAUGACAAGUAUGAUCUCACUUUUUUUUUUUUUACUUGCUUCCAUUUUGCAUCUUUGUGAAUUAUUUGAUCUCAGUAAGAUUUUUCAACAGAUGCAAUGGAUGAACAAAAAUUUCCUUGCUUCUGACAUAUGGCUUUAUAGCUCAGUAUAUAGUGGUUCACAACCACCAUCUGUCAAAGUUUGGAUUUUCUCACUCAGGCUUCUGUUCCUACAAUUUCUUUAAUUACAGUUCAUCUUUGAAGGUUACUUCAAUCAUUCUUUGCAAACAUCCCCAGCUUGAAUUGUAACGUAUUUCAUUUGUUUAUGUCAUCUUGUUGCUAGGUUUGCUUUAUUAAGCAGUAAACCAGUUCUCUGCUGGAGUGGAGUAGCACUUGGAUGGUCUCAGUGAGUAUUAUCAUAUUUUUACAGCCAUACUGUAAAUGACCCAGUUUUAGUGACAUUGUGCUGAAUGAUAUGAUUUUGAGUGAUGAUGGUUGCAAGAAGGACUAGCUUGACUAUGAUUCCCCAUUUGACAAUGGAGUAGGGAUAUAAAUCAAAGUUGUAUUAAUGAAAUGUCAGUUACUGUUACAGUUAUCAGGGUCAUUUUAGAAGAAUUAACUUAACAGAGCUAUCUCACCAAGGAGUACUUGCUAUUGACAUAACAUUAGGAGUUUUUGAUCAGGCUGUACUUUAAGUUGUGUACAGUAUAGAAAGCUUAGCAUAGAUAAUCAAAUCUUUAUUAUUUAAGUGUAAGUGCACUAUUGUAACUAUUUUUUCACAAGUCAAGAGGCAUCUGGUGUGUUUGAAUAUGUUUUUUUUAUUCCCUUCAACAGGCAACAGAAGGUUAUACUUAAAACAAGCUCUGCAACCCCAGUAAAACUUCAACUUAUGAUUGAGGGAAACCACUCAGAUUAUCAGGUUUGUUUGACAAUAUAGAAAAGUUUUCCCUCUUUGCAAUUUAACAAAUGAGCUGUGGUACACUUCAUCUUGCAAAACAAAUUGAAGUAUUGCAUGACUUUGUUUUUUUUUCUUUUCGUGUGUUUCUUAUGCAUCUCAUCAAGCAGCAUAACUUGUAUUGACAGUGGUAUAAAGUAAAGUUGAAAUUAUGCCACUGCAUUUUGAGUUUUUAAAGAAUAAACAACUUUUCCAAAAUUUUCUUUAAAUGUCCAAGUAGCAUGAAAUGACCAAGAGUAUUUGCAACUCCAGGAUCUCAGUCCAUUGCAGGUUUACUGCUUUGAAUUUUGCCAAGUUUCACCUUCAAUUUGCCAGUACCAAUUAAAAUAUUCCUGUCUGGAAAGAGUUGCCAUGAGAGUAAAUUAUCUUCCUGAGUACACAACAUGAUGGACCUAGCAAACACUUAAACCUGGAUAUUCCAAUCCACAGUCUAGGGCACAAGCCAAUAGGUCCCCAUCUCACCUGUGUCUCUUUCCUUGUACCAGUCAACCUUGAAUUCUGCUAUAUAAAAAAUGUUUUUUUUUUGGUUCCAGAUACAACCCAUGUUUAGCUCACAUGGUGGAAGCCCAGAGCACCCUCAGGCUACUCUUGAGCCCAAGGUCAGUUUGAAUAAUUGAUCAACAGAGUCUCAUUGCAAUUGUAUUGUUAUGUGUUAGCCAUUAUCUAAAUGUGAUUUGUGUGUUAUAUUGACAGAAGGAACUUCCUGUCCAUGUAAGCUUUUCACCAUCAUCCAUGGGUCUCAUCUCCAGUUCUCUGGUCAUCAAAUCCCUUGCUGGAAAAACAAAGUCCAAGGUGACCAACCUUUUGUUAUACAUUUGUUAGUGUUAUCAUUAUUAUGAUUAUAAUAGUUAUUAUUACUUUUUUUAUUUUUGUUUUUUUUUUUUGUUUUGAAUUGCUCUGUGUCUAAAUAAUGACUCCAUGCAUUAAUUUUGCUGCUAUAUCCAAAUGUUUCUUGAAUAUGUUUUGAAAGAAUGCCUCUGCUUAUUUUGAUCUUGUUGAGAGAAAAUAAGUAUUCAUGGAAUCUUUUAAAGCAUUAGAAUAAGGAGAGGAAAACCUGGCUUUGCUUUUAGAGUGACCUGAGAUUCUCUUUGUUGUCAGAUACCUUUGUAUGGCUGUGGUGGAACAAGUCAGCUGGUGCUGGUCGAUAUUAGACAGUUGAGUGAAGGAUAUAUCACCAACAUUGGAGAGGUAAUGUAAUUGUUAGUUGUAUUUCUUAUGGUUCUUGAGAAGUUAAAAAAGGUGUUGUAACUGAGGCUGCACCUGGACCUGUCUCCAUGGUUGCCAGCUUUAAUAACAUCACAAUGUCUUAUUGCGUUAUAAAGGUGGCUCUGAAUCUUAGCAACUGAUUUUUUAAGACUCUGCCUCAAGAUGGCCUUUGGUAUCUUAAUUUCAAUAAAGUAACAGACCAAUGAGAUCCCCAAACCUGUUUCAGUGUUGCAUUCAAUCAAGACUAAAUUUGAGGGGGCUUUAAGAAGCUGUAAUGUUGAUUUUGUAGCAUGACAUCAAGGGCAUUUGAAAAAAAAGAAAUUAAUGUCUUACUUGUGCAUAUGAGCAUUCAUCAAUGUACAAAGCAUGCAGGAAGUUUGGAGAGCUUGAACUAUGUAUAAGAGUUGCGUGAUAUUUAGCUGGGAAUAAUGUUAGGUCCUAAAGUGUUUUCCAAACCUUACAGUCAUAUCUCAUUGAAUAUGCAGUUGAUACAUGAACCAAUUAUUCUGUAACAAUUCCAACUUGGGAGUUUAGAUAUUGUCUCAAAAGAAAUUCCUUGUGCCCAAGGCAUAGAAACAAUUUGUCUUUGUCUACAGUGAGGAUAAUUACAUGUAUGUAGUGUGAUUAAAUUUGAGUGUACAGUAUUUAAAUGUAAUUUGACCCACAUAUAUUUCACUUAUAGGUUUCUCUGGGAAAGAAGAAUUCUGUCAAAGUUGUGGUGAGAAAUUCUGGGACAAGGGCAGCUUUCGUCAAAGCCAUAUGUUAUUCAGGUACUCUCAGUGGAGGGGCAGAAAUUUGUACAAAGAAAUGUCAGUACAAAAGAUGUUUCAAGCAACUGUGGGUUUUUUUUUUUUUUCAGAUAUCCAUACACUUCAAAGGUAUCCUUCUAGUCACUUAAAGAUUCACCCAGACAGUUUUGUCCUUUCUGAGAGGACCUCAAGGGUAAGCUGAAAGUGCUUUUAAGUUACGGUGUAUAGCAUACAUGUAUAUGUUUUGUACAACCACUGUAUGGAUGACCAACAACUUAAGAUGUGAACCAUACAUAAAUUUUAUAAUCUGUUUAUUUCAUUCAUAAGGCUGUGUUAAUUGAGUACCAACCUCUUGAGAAGGAUGCAAUUAAUUGUCGCACAUCUGUGAACUCUGUGGCUGUUGUGGCUUUCUAUACUGGAGACGAAUUUUUGAGACGACAAUACAAGAAGUGAGUAGCAAUGGGUUUUUAAAGACUAGAAAUCGUUUAUUUUUAUUGACUGAGAUGAAGUUGUUCUGCAAAGCUAAAAGUUAAAUAUCUCUAGGUUUGAGAGUUUUUUAAUUUAUUUUCCUCAACUAUAUUUUCUGUAACAUCCUUGUAGAACUUUUGAGUCAAAAGACUCAAUGUAAUAAUUGUCUUAAAUUAUCUUUUAGUUGCAUUUUUGUCUUAUCUAAGUUGAUGUCAAUUGUUCAGCCCACACCCGCCAGAGUAGAAAACAGUAAAGGGACAGAUUAUGACAAGUGUGUCACCUUUGAAAUAAAAAUUCUGACAAAAUGAGUUUCCUAGGAAUCUGCAUACACAACCUUUACAGCCUUCGUCUCAAAUAAUGGAGAGAAGUCUUCUAACAGGGAUUAACUUUACCACAGCUUUUCAAGAUGAGGAUAAACUUGUUGAAGGUAUAAUUUGACACCUUAAAUCUGUAGUCAGGGCCUGUAGGUGAAUAUUUGUACAUAAAAUGAAAAGAAGAGCAAAAUUUGCCCUUCAAAAUCUCUGUAGCAAGAAUCUCCUGCAAGUAACUGCCACUGCAAGCUGCUGUGCAUAUCAGGCACCUUACAAGAACACUUAACUUCUACUGAUGAGAAUUUAGUCUUGUUCUCAACAACUCUAGUUGACCUUUAAAGCAGGCACUCCUUUUCACCUUUUUGAUGGCCAGUGUUAGUCAUUUGACUACAUGCAAGCAAUUUCAGAUUCAAAUUUUCUUUUAUUUAUUUAUUUUUUUGACUGCCUCUAAUCUUGUAUUGGUUAGAGGAUGGUGAAAAUCCAUUACAUCCAAUGUUGUGCUGUAUUUCUGAAAUUCUUAAUUUUUAUCUAUUUUAUCAAGAGUUCUGUUCAUGUAAAUGAACUUUCUUUUUGGUAGAUGUAAAAUACCCCAAGGUAGCAAGCUGGGACAGUUUUUUCCAGGGUAGUGUGUCCAGAGUUCUGUUGACUUUGGUUGGUUCACCACCUGGAUCCAGUCCCAACAACAAACCUGAUCCCAACAGGUCUGUGGACACUGUACCUGUCUCUGAUAAACAGGCUGUAAAGUCCCAAGAAACAAGUCCAGUUAAUGGUAAGUGUAAAGUGUCACAGAAUGAAAGUUUGUUAUCAUUAGGGCCACUCACUUCCUGCAAAGUUUUUAUUUAUUUAAUUUAUGAUAAGUUAUAGAGUCACAGAUAGUUCUGGCAAACUUUGCCUUCAAAGUGAGUUGAAAUGGGAAGUCUCUUUUGUGAACUUAAGUUUUUAUUUGUGCAAGAGUGAAAAGUUGUUUUCUCAUUAAAGGCUUCACACUUAAGAGUUAUAAGGUGCUCUUGAUGCAAGGGAGAAUUAAGCAUUUUGUCACUAGUCAUUUAGGCCUUUUUUCCAUAUACCAGCUCAAGAAUUUAUUGGUUACUGCUAGUGCAUGUACAUGUUGUGAUCUUUUUAGAUGUGAGGGUUUACAAAAAGUGUUUAUUCAACAGGGAAUCUUGCAGCAGAAUUUUGGACAGUUAUACCUGACUUCCUUACUUUGUCACCUUGUAAUUCAAGUAAGUUGGGCACUAUUAAAUCCUUUUACCAACUGUGGUGUACAAUGUAACCUUACCAUAAUUACACAUGUGCUGGGCUGGAGCAUCAGCCAUUAUCAGUCAGUGGCUAUAUUAAGUCCUUAGGGAUGGAAAAAAAACACAUUUUUGUGCAUUUAAACUUGUUUUGCUGCAAGUCUAGACAAAAGUGAAGCUUUUUCUUAGGGUUACUUAACAUGGCAUUAUGAUGAUGCCCUAAUGCAAAGUGAGAGCUUGUAGGUUUAAAAAGUCUUCUAUGUUUGUCUGGUGAAUAAUUGAUAUCAGUUGCUCAAAAUAGCCAUGCUGUGUGUGGAAAGAAACAAAACUCCCAGUUUGUAUUCUCUCAGUCAUGGUUUUUUCAUCCAAACUCUUCCUUAUCUUUAGAAGAUGACAAGAGUGGCAAAGGAUCUGAUCAACUCAGGAUAUUAAACUUUUCUGACCGUUCAAUUGGGUGAGUGUUCCAUGCAAAAUUAUUCCAGACAUAAGCAAGUUGUGUGUGAUGCAGAGGCCUUUUGGUGUAUGCUCUUGAAAGGAUUCAACAAUCUUGGUUCAAACUCUUGAAGGAUUAUCAUUGUGAUGUGCACUUGAGAAAAGUGCUAAAAUCUUCAAUGCCCCUUUAUACCUAGUGGUACAGAUGUUUAUUAUUAAAGAUUGUCAAGGAAAUCUGCUGAAAUACUGAAAUACUGUGAUGAACUUUGUUGUCUACAAACAGCAACAACAUUUUUGACACAUUGAUUUUAUCAACCCUUAUUACUUCAAUUUUAUCCUUUUUUCCCCUCCCUCCCACCCAUAACAAUAUUUUGAUUCCAUGAACCCUUAGCUACAUACAGGCAACAUUGAAUGGGGGAGGGGAGUGGGGUUUUGUGAAUGAUUUAUAGUGUGGCAGAGAAAGAAGUUUUAUUUUACACAUAAUAAGGACUCUUCAAAUUUGAUGUGUCAGCUAAUUUUGAUGCUGGUUGUAGUUUCUCAAAUAGGGGAGGCAACAAUACAUCAAGUCUCUUCAUGCCUUUAGAACUGGGAUAAGCUCAGACCAGUUUAAACCUGGUGUCACUUUCUAUUAUGCUCUUGUUUAGAAAUUCAGUAUUUGAGUGGAUGAUUGAAAUAACAUAUCUUCUGUAGAGAUGCAAGGUGGCCCAAUAAUAUUUAUAUGAAGAAGUGAAGGAGAUGUUGAAGAACUUUUUAGAGUGGUAUUGAUGUUAAAAGUAUUUUCAUGUUUAUUGUAAUUUAGAUUUGAGUUUACUUGGCCUGCACACUCCAUUAUUAUUACACCUGAAAGAGGAGAAAUCCCACCAAGGUAGGAAAAAAGUAUCUUAAUGGGAUUUUUAUUGUUUCUUCUGUUGACAUGGCUUAUGCUUGAAGAAAAAAGCCCAUCACUAACACUAACCUUUGUCAAACAUUUCUUUUUCUCCAUUAUUAGGAGUCAGGCCAGAGUGUUGGUUAGUUCAAAGUCAAAUCUUUCAAGCUCUUCCACUCCUCUUCCUUGGGGAGGUACAAUUUAUUUGAAGUGUGAUGGUAAACAGCAGGUAUUGAUAAAUUAAACUUGAUUUUUGUGUUAACAAGAAUGCAGCUUGUUUCUUGUUAUUAGCAUUUAUAUAACCUACAUGCAACACUGUUAGGAGUUUUAGAAGGGUCUAUAAUAGUUGGACUUCUCUAUGUAUGUCUGAACAAUGAAUAGAAGUUGAAGAUGGUUACAUGUGUGUAUAACAUGCAAUUUCUACUUUUGCUCUCUUUUAUCCCAUGUUCUUGUCUAGAACCAUGUCCUAGUACUGACUUUUUUUUUUUCUGGGAAGUACCUGCAAACCCAUUUUACCUUUUGAAAUAAUAUGUUCUCAUUUUAAUGUGUUAUGCAGGCUAUCAGAGUGCAGAUAAGAGAGGAAAGGAUUUUAGAGAAUUCACCACAUCAAUCUGGUACAUCCAAUUUUCAGUCCAUACCCACCAUGGUCACUGGAAACACACCACUUCCAACAGAUCAUUUGCCUCCCUUGAGAAUAAAAAACAAAGAUACUGUGUUUGAGAGGACAAUGAUUGGAACUGUUACAAGUGAGUCUCGAUAAAUGUUGUUAAUGUUUCAUUGGGAUGAAUAUUUGACAAAACUGUAAUAUAAUUGCAAUAUUCUUGAGUUCCUAUUAGCAAUUUAAUUAAUUUUAUCGAUUGAGUUGUAUAUAAGUGUAAGGUUAUUUAGCUACAAUAAAUGUUGAUUUAUCUGAUUUAAGGGUAAAGGUUUUUAUGCAUAUGACAAUAUGAGUUAGUAGGGACCAUAAGCAAGCCUUGAUGACUGGCAGUAAAAAUGGCCUUGUCAGUUUGUUUCCUAGCUAUCUCUUUCAAUAUGACAAUUUGGAAUCACCAAAUGUCAUGGGGUCUGAUCCAGCAAUCCUGGUAGUAAAUUUUUCAUACUUCUGUGACUCUACGUUUUCUUUGCAUAAUGUUUUGAUUGGAAAUCUAGCACAACAACCACAUGUAACAAAACAGAAAGCAAAACUUUCUGAUAAAUAGUUUAUUUUUUUUCUGUUAUUAAUAUUUUUACAGUCAGUUGUGUCAUUUUCUUUGUAUGAUGUACCUUCAUGUAGUGUCAAUCUAUCAGAGGCAUCUGCCUUGGAGAGUUAAAUGUUUAGCAAAGGUUUAGCUGUAUUGAAGUAAUUUUUUUUUUGCACACUGAAUUUUAUUUGUUGUUAUUUACUUUUAGCUUCAGAGAUAUCACUCACCAACACAGCAUCAGAGAAUUUGACAUGGAACUUGUCUUCAGUGGCACCAGCCUAUGUGAAGGUUUGUACACUUGGAUACUGUUAUAUCAUUUAGUUAGCAACAUCAUAUUCUAGCACAAAUACAAGAGCCAUGUAAAUGGAUAUUUCUUCUUGAAAAAUUAAGCAGGAUGGUAUUAAAAAAUGUUUGCACCAUAGGUGGAUGACACUGGAAAUAUUUGUAGAACCACAUAUCUUGCCUUCAGCAUGGCAAAACAAGAAGGAACCAUACAGGCUGGAAGAACAACAAAGGUAUUUCAAGCUAAAUAAAAAAUCCUGCUCUUGGUGGAGCUGUGUGUACUAUAUUGCUACCAAAGUGCAACGAAGUUGAUUUAAAGAGACAAACAGGGACAUCUGAAUUUCUAAAGAAGAUUUAAGUUGUUUUCCUUCAACAUAACUCUACAAACUUAAAAAAAGCUUACCUUGAAUUUUUAUAACGACAAAAAACACAUUUAAAGACCCAGUAUUGGCCAUUAUGCAUAGCAUGCCUCUUUAUUUGUUGUGUAUUUCCCAAAAGGGAGACAUGUAUUGUUUCCCCAAAGCUUUUGGAAUGAUCAACAUUGAUAUAAUGGUGAUUGAUAACCAAUGCUGCACAUAAUGCAUACUAGUCAAAACUGGGUCUUUAAUUAUCAACUUUUCUUUUUAUGGGCAAAAGUGUGAUCAUCAUUAUUAAUACUUUCUUGUCGUCAAUUACUGUUUCUCUGCUGCAGAUUUUUGUUAAGUUUCAGCCCAGAGAUGCUGGUGAAUAUGAGCAAUCUUGGGAUCUUAUGGUGAGUGACAAAAAUGAGCUGGUAUUAUUACUAAUGGGUUUCAAAGUAGGAGGCACUCGUAGGAGAAUAGAAGGGGCAAAAAAGACAUCUGAAAAUAAUUUAUUUCUGUCAAAAUCAAAAGUAGCUAGGCAGUGCCUCUUUUGUUUUCUGUACCAGUACCUGCCACCUACCUUGGGUUAGAAAUCCUGGUAACCACUGCUGUUUAGCUUAGCUUUUCUCUGUCCUUGUGAAGAAACUUAUUUUCAUGAGUUUUGACUGAAUCGUUCAAGGGGCUUCUUCUUAUGAGUCUUCUUGGUCAGAGUUGGUUGGUGGGUCAGAUACUUCCCUAUCAGUAAUCAGAUGGUAGAAAUUUUGUUAAUGACCUAUGAUUUCUUGUGCUUUUUUGUUAGACCACAUCUGAUGCAAAUAAAUCAAAACAGAAAAUUUUUCUCCAUGGCCAGGUAGAUUGUGAAACAUGAUGCUAGUUAUUAUUAUCCUAAUCUCUGAUAAAGUAAUCAUUAUUGAGAACUUGUUCACUGCCAGUUUGAUAACUUCCCAUAACUCACCAUAUCACCACAGAGUGUCUGUGGUUCAGUGGCUAAAGAGUGCUAAUCCAAAGGCCUGAGGUUCAAUUCCUCAUGGGCCUCAGAAGUUAUCUUUGUCCAGCGCUUGCAACAAAAUGAAAAGCAUCUGUCUCCUCCCAAAUUUGAAUCACACCAGUUCUGUGUCUGAUUAAAGUGUUGGUGAAACCACCAUAAAGUUUGUAACUGAUGUAACCUUUGACUAAAUGUUACUUUCUGCUUUUUGGGUCAUCACUUACACAGCUUUUAUGUAAAAUAACUGAUGAAUUGGUUUGGUCAAACAUUGUUGCAAUUGCUUGAUUAAUAAUUUAAAAUUUCCGGCUUGAUUAAGCUUUCAAGUUGCAUAACUAUGUUAUUUAUGGAUAUAAUUUGAUACAUCUUUAUUACAUGAGAAACAGGGCCAAGUAACUCUAAUUAAAUUGAAAUGCUUCUCUUUCUAAUUAGGCUGUUGAUAGAACUGAUGAUUUUGAGGGACCAAGUGAAGACAUUGACACUCUCUUGCCAGCGAAAUCAAAAAAAGUUACCAUACAAGAACCAUUGAGGUAUUUUCAGCAGGAGCUGUUUUCAUUUCUUUUGAAGGUGGCAGUACCAAGCUCAUCAAAUUUUGGCUUCUUUUCAGAUCACCCAAGAAUGUCAAGAAAGGGCUCUACGUUAAAGAAAAUGUGCUUAAAUUUCCUGUUACAGCAGCAGGGGCAACAAGUGAAGCACAGCUGAAAAUCUGCAAUGGCUCAAAGGAUGACCAAUAUGGGGUGAGUAUUUGUUAAUCAUUCUCUGAGUGAAGACCUUGAGUGUGCCUUACCUUUGGUAAUCUGUUACUCCCAAGAAAGCCAAUUGUAAUCCUUAUUUUGCAGGAGUUUAGCUGAAGACCAUGACAAAAUUUUAGUAUGCAUGGAAUGUAUUUCUAUUGUCUUUCAUUUUAAAGCCUUCACUACCCACCAAGGAAAAAGUAGUCCACAUAAUGUUUGCUCAUCUGCUUUACCUAUUUCUAUUAAUACUACAGGUGCGGGUCUCAUCAAUGAAGACACCUUUCUCUGUUCAGAUUUCAAAGUUUUCAGUCAGGUAUAUUUUUCUCAUAAUGAGUCAACAUUUAGUAAAACCUUGCCCUCUAAACUCAAGUUAACUAUUUCUGUGGUGAGAGUGGACCCAAAAUUAUUUCACUUAAAGAAAAAAGAAUACUACAGUUUAAAUACUGGAACAUGAGAGAGGAACAUUGGAAACAAACAAUAGGCCACCAUGUUUGCUUUCUGAUUGAAUGAGAAUCGCCUUACCAAUGAUCUUGUGAAAGGAUGCACAAUAGGAAUGCACAAUUCCAAAUUAAAGAAGACUAUGAAUGUUGUAUUACUCUAACAGAGCCUUGCGGUUUGUGCGACUGCCAGUGCGUUUCUCACCAACUGAACCUGGAAAGUCCUAUGAGGCAUCACUGGUUAUUACAGCAGACCCUGAUGUCAUUAUCACAGUACAGCUUCAAGGAUCAAGUUCUGAUUGAUUCAACUGUGUAAAGUCAGCAGAUAAUAAGUUAACACUAAAUUUAUACUAUGUAUAUAUUAUUUGUAUAAGAUACUGAUGUAUAUAAUAAAGUGAAAUUACAAAAUUAACCUUAGAACAAAUUUCCAAAUUAAUAUAUUCCUUAAGGUGAUGGGGUACAUAACUCCACAUUGGUGCCUGAUAAUAAUAUUUGCAGGUUUUGUGUAAAAGUGAAGUGGCACUUAGUGGUGUAUAUUUACAAAUUCAAUUAUAUCAAAAUCACCAGCUUUUCUCUCUAGGGCAGAUUUUCUGUUAAGUGUGAAAACUUAACUGAAAAAAAGUUAAAGGUGCUUUGCACCUCAUCUUUCCGUGUACUAUAUUCAGGCCAGGGAGAGAGGAUGAGGAGUGAAUGAAGGAGACAAAACAUAAGCAUUAUCACUGUAUAGUUUCAAGCAAUAAUGUUAUGACUGCAGUAAAUAAUGCCUUCAAGAAAGCCCUCAUUGCUAAUGCUUCAGCACAAAUGUUUCUUCACCUGCUGUAAAUUAUGAGGCCUUAACCCUUUACACCCUGACAUCAGCAAGCAUAUUCUCCAUACUGUUUUCUAUACAUUUCCAAGGUUCUUACAGAGAAUUUGUAAACCAUCAAGAGCCUUGUACUUUCUGAUCAUUUCCUUUAUUCUCGUUACUUAAACUUUUUAUUCAAGGGUGGUAUUGUAAGGAGAAAUUAGAACCUUGUUACUCUUAAGGAUGAAAGAGUUAGGCAACACGACCUGGGUCUAGUGUUGUCAGACCCCCUAGAAACCUCUCUCUGACUUGACCCAAAUCUUACCACGGAUGGAGGAACAUGUAUCUAGCAAUACUGAUAUUGAGGGC